AUGCUCAAUCGUAGAUCUGUAAGAAACAGGUUCCUCAAUCGCUACGAGGCGAACGUCGAGCCCCUCGAGUCGCGACUGUUGUUGGCGGUCGAUGCUUGGGGCACCCUUGGUCUCGAUCGUGCUGCAUUGGCCGCACAGCUUAGCAGUGGCCUGACCACCACCGCCUCCGAAGCUGUUGCUAAAGCCGUGGGGCAACGAUGGAACUAUGAGGGUGACACGGCACAGCAACAAACGGCCGACUCGGGGCCGUUGAUCAACCUGGACGACUUUCAGAGCGACCCUCGUUUCACCGGUGUCGAUGGCUCAGGCUAUGCGGCUGUGGUGCUUGAUACGGGCAUCGAUCUGGACCAUCCGUUCUUCGGACCCGAUACAACACUGGACGGGGUGGCCGAUCGAAUCGUUUACAACCAGGACUUCACCGGCGCCGACUCCAACGCGCAAGAUGUGAACGGGCACGGCUCGAACGUGUCGAGCAUUGUUGCCUCGCAAGAUGUCUCGUACCCCGGUGUGGCCCCUGGGGCGGACAUUAUCCACUUGCAGGUUCUGGACGACGCGGGCUUCGGCAACUUUGGCGAUGUGGAAGCCGCCCUGCAAUGGGUGGUUGCCAACGCGGCCACCUACAACAUUGUGACCGUGAACAUGUCGCUUUCCGACGGGUCGAAUCGGCAAGUUGAAGCGGGUGACUACGGUCUCGACGACGAGUUAGCCGCGUUGGCUGCGCUCGAUGUGGUGGUGGUGUCGGCUGCGGGCAACAGUUUCUUCAGUAACGCCAGUGUGCCUGGGGUGUCGUACCCUGCGGCCGAUCCGAAUUCGCUGGCCGUGAGCGCUGUGUGGGACGGUAACAAUGGUGGCCCCUUUCAAUGGGGCACCGGGGCGAUUGACUACACAACCGAUGCCGACCGAUUAACCAGCUUCUCGCAACGGCAUCCUCUACUAACCGACGUGCUGGCACCGGGUGCGUUGAUCUCGGGUGCCGAUGCUGUGGGUGGCGUGGCGACUUAUGCGGGAACCAGUCAGGCCGCGCCGCAUAUCGCGGGUGUGGCCGUACUUGCCCAGCAGCUUGCCGAUGCGGCCAUGGGGCGACUGCUUACGAAUCAGGAAUUCGCCGACCUGCUGCAAGACACGGCGGUUGUCGUCAACGAUGGGGAUGAUGAAAACGACAACGUGAUCAACACCGACGCCGACUAUUUCCGCGUCGACAUGUUCGCAUUGGCCGAAGCGAUCGAAGCCCUGGGCAAGAUCCACGUGAUCAGUUCAUCGCCGGCUGAAGACGGAUUGGUGACCACUGCUCCGCUACAGUUCGUUUUCGAUUUCUCCACAGAUUACUCUGCCGCCUCGGUUCAGGCCUCCGAUCUUACCGUGAAUGGCGUGCCGGCCGACCUGGUGGAUUUGACCGACGACGACACCCUUACGUUUACGUUCCUCAGCAGCCCUGUAACGACGCAAGGCAUGCAGUCGAUGCAGAUCGCCGCAGGGGCGAUCGAGGAUGAGGCCUUCGAGGCGAUCGAUCAAUACGAUGCGGUUUUCCGGUGGGACGCAGUUCCGAUGCAAGUGCUAUCGAGCACACCCACGGCCAACUCCACUGCGUCGUUACCGUUGACGAGUAUUCGGCUGGAUUUGAAUGAAGCUUACGAAGUCGCUUCGUUAGGAGUCGACGACUUGGCGUUGUCCCAUGGCAGCGUUGUUGGCUUCAACAUGAUUGAUGCUGACACCGUGGAGUACACAAUCGCCGGGCUGAGCGCUGAAGGAUCGCUUACGGCCCGGCUAGUCGAAGGAGCCCUGCAAGACGUUUACGGCAAUCCAAGCCUCGAGUUCACCUCGCUCUAUACGCUGGACUUCGACACGGUUCAACUCAACGAGCUAGCCCCGGCGACCGACAGCUUGGGUACGCUGCAACGCGAGCAGCUGUUAGAGGGAUCGAUUCAAACGAGCGGUGACAUCGAUACGUUCAACGUUUCAUUAGAAUCACAGCAAUCGCUGACGGUGUUUGUCGCCGCCGAGGGAUCACUGCGAUCGCGGAUUCGUGUGUUCAAUCCCCAAGGAGUUUUGCAAUUCACCGCGCAGGCCCCGGGCCCUGGCGCCUUGGCUUAUAUUCAGUCGUUCGACAUUUCCGAAGGAGGCGUGUACUCGAUUCAGAUAUCUUCCCUCAGCGGGAGUACCGGCAGCUACGAUCUGGCUGUGGUUGUCAGCGGUGAUGUCGAAUUGGAAGAAGUAGGAAUUGGUUCCAACGACACCGUUGCUACGGCGCAAAACUUAGACAACAGCCUGGUGGAGUUGGACCCCAACGUAUCGAGAACCCUGAUCCAAGGAGCGGUUGAGGGCGAUUUGAUGAUGGUGGGGCCAGACGAAUUCGGUUACGAGGCCCUAGUCGUGCCGUUCGAAUUCGAUGACGUAAGCGACACGGGAACAAAAAUCUUCGACAAUGAUGUCAGUGGCGUUGACAACGCGACUUAUCAACUCAGCGCGCUGCAUCUGGAUGGGUUCACCUUUUCUUUCUACGGGUCGGUCUACACUUCGGCGUUUAUCUCCAGCAAUGGCUCGUUGAACUUCUUCGCCCCCGAUACAUCACCCAACAACUCUGAUCUAACACAGUCGCCGUUCUUGCCAACCAUUGCCGUGCUGUGGGACGAUUUGUUCAUUGAUACCACUGCAGAAUCGGCCGUGUACUGGGAGGUUCAAGGCAGCGGAAGCAACCAGAAAUUGGUCGUUCAGUGGAACGAGGUGCGGUUCCUGGGGGCGGGUGCCGGCGACACGGUUACUUUUCAAGCCGUGCUGAGUGAGAGCGACAACACGAUUCAGCUGAACUAUCUCGAUCUCGACACAGCCCAUCCAGGCUCCGGCGGCUCGAGUGCCACAGUAGGGAUCAAGGACCUCAACUUCCAAAUACCCGGGCAAAGCGAUAACCGACUGCUUGUCUCUUUGGACGAUGGCCCCAACGAGUUUGUCGAUUCGGGGGUGAGUCUCAAAAUCGGGGUGGGGAUCGUUCCUGAACCUGAGCCCGACUACUACGCGGUUACGCUGGCGGCCGGCGAUUACGUGAGCCUAGUGGCCACCAGCGAACGCCGGGGCACCCUCUCGGUCGAGCUGCGCGAUCCCAUGGACAUGGUCUUGCAGUCGGCCACAUCGGCGGUGAACGCAGACGCGGUGAUCGACGGGUAUUCGAUUGUGACCGGGGGAACCUACUACGUUCGGGUUACCGGCGCGACGGCUACCGACUAUCGGAUGCUGGUUACGCGUAACGCAUCCUUCGAUAUCGAAGCAAACGAUGAGGCGGACACCGGGCAAGAUAUUACCGCCACGGGCGUGGCCUUCGGUUCGGUGGGGUACGGCACCAGCGGUAGUGCGGCCGCGGGUACACCUGUGGUUGGGCCGUAUGAUGUGCUGGCCUCGCCUAUCUCACUGGGCUUCGCCUCCGACGGUUCGUUUGUGGGCUCGACCCUGGGCGCCCGUCACAAUGGCGUGGAGUAUCUUGACUUCGGCACGGCGCUGGCGGCCUACACCGUGGCCUUCGAUGGGGCUACCUACACCAAUGGUUCGCCCGCCACGGGGACAGACUUUGCCGUAACUCUGGAAGAUAUCUCCAGCGGUUCAGAGCAUGGCGUGCGAAUUCUGGGCACGAUCAUCCCGGGUGUGGUGUUCGAACGUAUUGUGCGGUGGAGCGACGGUGACGACUUCGCCGUGGUGACGACUUCGGUUACGAACAACACCGGCGGCACGCUGAACAAUGUGGCCUUGCUGGAAAACCAAGAUCCCGACCCCGGCGGCGAUGUGAUCACCUCGAACGAUGUGGUCGAUGAUGGGAAUCUCGUCCUGGCUGGAUCGUUGUUCAACGGGGUGUUGGGCCUGGGGUCGAUCGACCCUCGGGCCGUGGUGUCGGUCGAAGGGAAUUUGGUGACCGACCCCUUUAAUGUGCUAAACAGUCCGCAAGACCCCUACGGACAGACGACCGAUCUUUCGAUCAACCUGGCGUUCGAUUUGGGAGCGAUCCUGCCUGGCGUUCGGCGAGAAGCCACGUUCUUGAUGGUGAUGGGCCCCAGCAUCGAUGCCGUGCGGCAGACGUUUUCUCAGGCCUCGCACGAUUCGCUGCCUGCAAGCGAUGACUACUACAGUAUUACCUUAGGCGACAACGAAACCAUUCUGGUAACGACACGAACUCCGGGAGAAACCACCGGGCAAGGGACCAACGGACUCAACCCUGCGAUUGAGAUUUUCGGCCCCGGCGGAGGGCUUGUCGCUGCCGAUGCCGGUUCGGCCUCCGAUGGUAAGAAUACCCAACUGAGCUACACCACAAGCGGAGCCGGGGUGUACACGAUUCGCGUUCUGCCCGAGGGCGACACGCAGGGCGACUAUGUGUUGGUAGUGAAUCGGGCCCCCACGGUAAGCAUUGAUGGUCCUGCAACCGGAGUUCCCUAUCAACCGCGGACGUUCACAUUGAUGGCCACUGACCCGAACCCAACGGAUCAGGCUGGUGAGUUUCAAUAUCGCAUCGACUGGGAUUCCGACGGCGAGGUCGAUCAAACGAUCAUUGGCCCCGCGACUGUGGAAGUAACGCAUCGGUUUUCCGAGUUGGGCAUGAACAACUUCAGCGUGGUGGCCGUCGAUGCACGGCACGCCGGCGGACCGAGCGCUUUGGAAUCGCCGGUGAUUUCGCAGUACGAAUUUCAAGUCGACGACGACUCGCCAGGGCUUACGAACUUUGCCUUCGGUGGCUCAGAAGGAGUCGACCAGAUCCAUAUCGCCGAGUUGGGAACUGGAACAAUCAGCCUGAACAUUCAGGUAUUAGAUGGCGUGUUGCUCAAUACAUCUGAAGUCUUGGGGGGAAUCACUGGGCGGGUAUUGGCCUACACCGGAUCGGAAGACGACACGGUGGUCGGUAGCCUGUUGGCCACCAUUGAACUCGAAGCCGACGCCGGCGCCGGAGACGAUAUCCUUCUGGGCGGUGGUGCCGUGAACGUGCUCAUUGGAGGAGACGGCGACGAUACAUUACUCGGCGGUUCGGGCAACGACAUCCUUUGGGCCGACUCGGUCGACGGUGCCGAAGGUGCGACUGGGAACGACCUCGUGAUCGGUGGCGCGGGCGAUGACUUCAUUGCCGGAGAUGGAAGCGAGGGGGGCGAUGAUUUCAUCUACGGCUUCGACGGCAACGACACCAUUCUUGCCGGCGGAGGCGAUGACUAUGUCGAAGGCGGAAACGAUGACGAUCGCAUCUACGGCGGGGACGGAGCCGAGGGUUCGGCCGAUCAACUGUUUGGCGGUGGUGGGAACGAUUUCAUCGAUGGCGGCGUGGGCACCGAUACGAUCGACGGAGGUGCGGGACGCGACUUCCUAGUGGGAGGAGUUCAGGGUUCUGAGCAGCUGCUGGGCGACUGGCUUUUGGGGGAAUCGGGGGAAGACAUCUUUUUGGCCGGAGCCUUGCUGUUCGUUGAGGAAGAAGUGCCGCAGGCCGUGGAUGCGAUCAUAGCCGAAUGGACCUCGGGGCGGGACUACGCGACGCGGAUCGAAAACAUCUCCGGCACCGGAGUGGGACCGCGAGACAAUGGGGAUUACUUUCUGCAGGUUGACCAAACCGUCGAGGGUAACUCGCUGGUCGAUGAUCUGACGGGAGGAUCGAACCUGGAUUGGUUCCUGUACACGCUGGCCGAAGACAUCUUAAACGAUCCGGAAGGUAUCGAUUGGCCGCCCAUCCCGCGCCCACAGGCGGCACUGCCGCUGGCGAUGCUGUUCCAAUUGCAGCAGACCGAGUGGCUUUCAUCCGAAGCGUUGCAGCAGCAGCAGCGACGGCAAUUGCACCGGGUUCUUACGCAUGCCCUGGAGAGUGUUCCUUACUAUCGUGAAGGUUGGGGCGGAGCUGGGGUAAAGGCCGAAGCGGCGCUCGACCCUCUGGCCUGGUCGCAGAUGCCAACGCUAACGCGUCGCGAAUUGCAGUUUGCCGGCGAAGGACUGCACUCGACCGCCCUGCCCCGCGAGCAUGGGAAGGUUUCGCUGCAUGUCACCGGGGGUUCGACCGGGGAGCCGGUUCGGGUGUUGGGCACGGCGGUCACAUCGGCCUCGUGGCGGGUGUUUACGCUUCGCGAUCACUUGUGGCAUCGUCGCGAUUUCUCAGGCAAGCUGGCCGCGAUUCGCUUUGUCGAUUCUGAAGCUGCGCGUCCGCCGGCGGGGGCGAAGGCUCAGAAUUGGGGUUCGGCAACUCGGGGGCUGUUCGAGACGGGGCCCUGCUCGUUGUUGCACAUUAAUAGCACGACGGAUGAACAGGCUCGCUGGCUGCUGCAAGAGGAUCCCGAGUAUUUGAUGACUUACCCUACGGUGGUUCACGCGCUGGCCCGGCAUUUCGAGCGUGACGGGCUGAAGUUGAAUCGGCUGCGCGAGGUGCGCAGUUUUGGCGAGAUUCUCGAACCGCAUGUGCGUGAGGCUUGCCGUCGGGCGUGGGAUGUGCCGGUUGUGGAUACGUAUAGCUCAGAGGAGUUUGGUUACCUGGCACUACAAUGCCCCGAGCACAAUUGCUACCACAUUCAAGCGGAAAAUGUGCUGCUGGAAGUACUGGACGACGAUGGCCGUGCGUGUGAACCCGGCGAGAUUGGUCGGGUGGUGGUGACGGGAUUGCAUAACUUCGCGAUGCCGUUGAUUCGCUAUGAGAUUGGCGAUUACGCCGAAGUGGGCGAGCCUUGUGCGUGCGGGCGGGGGUUGCCGGUGUUGCGUCGGGUAUUGGGGCGACAGCGAAACAUGUUUACGAUGCCAGACGGUCGCACGCGAUGGCCGGUGGUUGAAGCCCGCGACUUGGCGGGGGUGUUUGAAGACCUUCCGCCGAUCACGAAGUUUCAGGUGGUGCAGAAGACACUGGAAUUGCUGGAACUGAACCUCGUCACGCUGCGGCCGCUUACGCCGAAGGAGGAAGAGGCGAUUCGCAGUUAUGUGAAGCGGGGGCUGGAGUAUGACUUCGACGUGCAGUUCAACUACGUGGAAGAUAUCCCUCGUACGCCUCGUGGGAAGUACGAAGAGUUUCGCUCGGAAGUUUCCAGCGCGUCGAACGGUUGA